AAGCCGCCUGGGCGCGUUCGCCGCUCCGGAGGAGAAGGCGGGGAGGGCGGCUCUCGGGGCAGCUCCCGCCGCCGCCGAACCCCCCCGCCCGGCCCCGCCGCCCCCGGGCCCCGCCUGUCCCGGCAGCGGGCACGGACGGGCCGGUGUCUGCAGCAGCAGCGCCCCCGCCACAAGUUUAGCCCUCGGCGGCCACCGUCGCGCCCGGCCCGCGGCGGGCGGCGCUGGCCCAAGAUGGCGGCGCCCGGCGCGUUCGCGGCCUGGCUGGCGGGGCGGCUGGAGGCGCUGGGCCUGGACCGCGCCGUGUACGGGGCCUACAUCGAGGGGCUGCUCCGCGAGGAGGAGAGCGACGAGGAGCGGCUGGAGGCGCUGCGGGGCGUCCUGGCCGCCUGCCUGGAAGAAGAUCUCCUAAGUGAUGUCUGCAGGGAAGUUGUGGAGAAGUGGUCUGAGGCUCAGAUUGUUGAUGCCAAAGAGAACAAAGCAGAUGAGCUCCAGGCCAUCGCCAGCAUGAUGGAGAAGCAGGCCAGGAUUGUGGUGAAGCCAAAGGAGGUCUCCCAGGAGGAAAAGCAAAGGAAAGCUGCCCUGCUUGCCCAGUAUGCCAACGUGACAGAUGAGGAGGAUGGGGAGGAUGAGCAGGAUGGAUCAGCUGCCACAGCAGUAAAUAUUGGAUCAGAAAAAUCUCUGUUCCGGAACACAAACGUGGAGGAUGUCCUGAAUGCCAGGAAGCUGGAGAGGGAGCUGCUGCGAGAUGAGUUCCAGAAGAAAAAAGAGCAAGAUAAACUCCAGCGAGAGAAGGACAAGCUUGCCAAGCAGGAGCGGAAGGAGAAGGAGAAGAAAAGGACACAAAAGGGCGAGCGGAAGCGGUAGCUGGGGUGCUGCAGCUGGACUGCCAAGGGAUGCAAUUCAUUAGGAAUACGGUGUGUGUUUAAAAAGCAGCAGAAAUUCUGGGCACGUGGCUGGUGAGUGGCUCUUUGGAAGCAUUUCCUUUUUUCCCCUUUCCUUUACAUAGCAAAAAAGAGGUUUUCAGCAGCUCUGAAGUGCCAUGUGCUUGUGGUGUCAAUGUCCCAGUCGGUUGUUGUGGCCAAUGUCUGUACCAAAGAACAGUGAUGUGGUGAUGUCCCUGCUUUGAGAUCCAUUGAUUUUUACUUCUCUCCACUUCAAGCCAAGCAAGACAAAAAGUGGGAGAGACGUUCUGAGCCAGGGCCUCGGUUUGCAGUGUUACAAUUUGAGAGCAGAGCCCUGUUCUGACACGUAAUUAAGGACAUGCUGCUGCAGGGUGAAAGUGACUAUUUACAGUAGCCUUGGAAAAAACUAUAUUUGCAAAUACAUGUAUUUAUGUUGCCAAGAACAAUGCUGCAUCUUCAGUCUGGCUGAGCUGAGAGCGCAGGGUUUGGAGCUGACCUCAGCCAGGGUAACUCCUGCUCUGCAGCAAGAGGAAUCAGGAUGAAAUACAGACGAGUUGCAGCUCUGAGGCUGCAGCACCCAGGGGCGCUGGCUGGGGGGGCUGGUCUGGGCAGCAGCCAGAGCGGCACCGAAUCGCUCCAGCGCUCACGCUGUUCCAGGACUUCCUGCCAGUAUUUGGAAACCUCCUGGUGUUCCGUGUGGAUGAAGGUCAGCUUUACUCCUGUGGCAGGGGCCAGGAUGAAGGCUGGAACAAGGCUCAGUGCUGGGCUGGGAGCUGCAGUCACAGGUGCUGGGCCUUGGUGCCGGCUGCGGCCCGGAGCUGCUGGCGGGGCUGAGCGCUUCUCCUGCCCCUAAAGGGCUUCUUACCUGUUUCCAGCCAUUUUUGUUUUCCACCUCUGGACAGAACACUAAUUUCUGUAAACUGCACAUGGAGGAGGGACUGCAACAUUCUGGGGUGAGGGAGGAACCCACUGUGCCUCGCCCUGCUCUGCCUCCUGCUCUGCCUCCUGCUCUGACUGGGAGGGGAGCACCCAGCAGGGCCCGAGCUGCUGUGGGACCUGUCCCAGUGCUGCUCCCAGCCUGGCUGCUGGGCCCUGCCUCCUGUGUAACCUGCUGUGCAAGUGUGAGUCUAACUGCUUCCUCCUGGGACUGGGACAAUAAAACCGUUGGCCAAGAA